GAUCUUAACCAAUUUAAUAAGCUAUAAGAAUCAACAAACCAGGAGUCAAUAUGAUGGAUCUUGAGUCAGUAUUCAAUGGAGGAAAGCCUGGGAAAGGAGAGUCCCUGUCAGUAUGGCAAGCUGAGAUUGCUCUAAGACUCAGUUUUCUGCGAAAGGUGUAUGGGAUCCUCACUGCUCAACUACUGCUAACUGUGCUGGUGUGUGCAGUAUGCAUGUUUGUGCCUGCACUCAAAGAUGUCGUACAGAGCAGUGUUGUGCUUAGUAUUGGGUUGCUCAUAGGGACACUAGUUGUUCUAGUGGCACUCAUUAUUAAGAAGAACGAAGCUCCCACCAACUUUAUUCUUCUGUUCGUAUUUACACUCCUUGAAGGCCUCAGCGUUGGGAUUGUGAUAACCUACUAUGAUGUGGACCUAGUAUUGAAGGCAUUUGCUAUCACCGCCAGCGUAUUCAUUGGGCUUACAGCCUACACCAUGCAGAGCAAAUACGAUUUCAGCAGUUGGGGAGCAAGCUUGUUUGCCUUCCUCUGGGUUCUGAUCAUUGGUGGAGUGUUACAGAUAUUUUUUUGGAGCGAGGCUUUGGAUUUUGUGCUGACUGUGGGAGGUGCUCUGAUCUUCUGUGGCUUCAUCAUAUUCGACACACACAUGAUAAUGCACAAGGUCUCGACAGAGGAAUACAUAAUGGCCUCUAUUAACCUCUAUCUGGACUUCAUCAACUUGUUUCUCUACAUUUUGCGUCUGUUGCAAGCCAUGAAAAAAAACUAGCAUAAAAAGAACAUAACUUUCAUUGUACUAUAACAGCUGCAAGUAAUUUCUGCAUUGGUUGUAUAAAACUAGUCAUUCUUUUACAGUGUGUGUGUUAAGGUUUAUUAAAAACUUUGAUUGAAAAAAAAAAUUACGGGUUAAAGAA